UGGACGAAAGCCGCAGUAAAAGUCUGAAAGGGGUUAUUUUGGAUAUGUGUGGCGUUUUAUACGACAGUGGAGAAGACGGAGGAGUGGCAAUUUCAGGUUCGGUUAAUGCCGUGAAAAGGUAUAGUGUUGAGGUCAACGGCUCAAGGAAUCCGACCUAAUGGUUCGCUUCUGCACCAACGAGACCCAGGCCCAUCGGGAGAAGUUUGUGGCAAAGCUUCAGAGGAUGGGUUUUGACAUUUCUGUCUCUGAAGUGUUCUCCCCAGCUCCUGCAGCUGUGGCUGUGUUAAAGGAGCAGGGAUUGCGGCCCCAUCUGCUGGUUCAUGAAGGUGUUGUCCCAGAGUUUGACAGUCUGGACAAGACCAACCCGAACUGUGUGGUUAUAGGUGAUGCAGCAGAAAAAUUCUCCUACCAGAAUUUGAAUGGUGCUUUUCGGGUCCUCAUAGGACUGGAGAAACCUUUGCUCUUUUCUCUGGGAAGGGGGAGGUACUACAAAGAGACAGAUGGCUUGAAAUUGGAUGUUGGUGUUUACAUGAAGGCAUUGGAGUACGCAUGUGAUGUAGAAGCUGAGGUCAUUGGAAAGCCUGCCCCCAUGUUUUUCCAGAGUGUUUUGAACAACAUGGGAAUUCAACCACAGGAGGCUUUGAUGAUUGGUGAUGACCUGGUCAAUGAUGUUGGAGGAGCCCAACACUGUGGGAUGAAGGGUAUCCUAGUCAGGACCGGCAAAUACAGGCCCAUUGACGAGAGGCACCCUACGGUGAUGGCUGACGGCUACGCCGACAACCUGGCAGCUGUUGUGGACAUGAUCCUGACACAGCGGGGACACUAAGAUCCAGGAAGUAGAAGCACUGUGAUCACUUGUUGAGAAGGCUCAAUUAACAAUGACAGGGAUGUAUAGUGGGUUCAUUAAUGUAAUGUAGACUUAAGUUGCUUUGUAUUAAAUUUGCCUUCAAAAUGACUAAAAUGUAACACACCCGGUCAUCAUGACACGUCAACUACUUCUAUUACUGUUUACAAAUGACUGUUGUGUAUUUACAUAGACAAUAACUACAGUGCAGCUCAUAUGUAUUUGGGACAGUAUGGAAUACUUAAUUAAUUAAAUUAAAGUUGAGUGACUGAGGUAGUUAAAGCCUCACAAACCCUUACACUAUUGAUACUGAGCUUUGUGGUAGGUAUGGACCAGUGUAUAAUCAGGGUUUUUCCUGCAUAGAGAACAUUUUGGCGCGCGCCAAAGCCGUUUUCCCGAGCGCCAAUGACAAAUCCCGAGCGCCAAAGGCAAAAAAAAGUCUGCGAUAAAAAUAAAAUAAAAAAAGCUGUGUUCAUCACGCGUGCAAUGCAUGUCAGCGAAUAUGUUCUCAAUAGUAUGUUUCAAGUAGGCUACAGUCGAACCCUCGUUCUGUUUUGAUCAAUAGUAAUCGAGUUGAUAAGCGUGUCUUCUUGUCUGAUCAAUACGCAACUUUGAGGUGCGCGAAUGGACAGAGCGGCCAGUAAACUGUCGUUCCGCUGCACGGAAUGCACCUGUACAAAUGCAAAUGAAAUUUCCACUCAAAAUGCUGACAAAAGUUUGAUUUACGAUUUCCAACGCAGCCUCCAUUGGUAUUCUUAAUCUGGAAUGAUAAUAUAUAGUGCAGUGUUUCCUCUAUGGCUACAUUUCUGCCGCCACGGUAUCAGAAAUCAGGCUGUACAACAUUUUAGGCCGUCUAUCAGCAGUGAUUGUUAGAGUGCAUGUCGGAGAAUUGCACGGACACGCGCUUCACACCGCAGUUGAGAUUGCGUGUGUGCGUCCUUGAGAACUGUAAGUCGUAUAAUUUAUGUUGUCAGUUCAUUUAAGCCUGUUAUUGUAUAAGUCUAUAGUUCUUGCUAAUUUAAAUCACGUUAACUGGUGAUUUUCGUUGUUUGUAUUCUUCCCCUGCUAGCUAAAUUGUCUGUUGAUUCGAUAGCGAUUGCUGUCCUUGCUCAGGUUUGUAUUUUAGGUGCAUUAUUAUGCUGAAGUAGUUUUAAUUAAUAAAAAGUGGGUUUAUUGUUAUUAUUUGCUACAGAAUGCUUAGCCUAUCAAGAUCAAAUGAAGCAGGCAGUGUACAUGAUUCAGAGUGGCUUACCUUAAUCGAUAGGCUUGGCGACUGACCAUUUACAAUAAGUUGUUACGUCAAUUAUUAAUUGGCAGCAUUUAUGCCAUUUAGAACAUACUUUAUGAGUGUAAGGUGUCUUUUAGUAGCCUAACUUUAUUGCUUUAGGGGAAAUAGGACGAAAAUAUGUGCAAUAUUACAUUAGCUAUUAGACUAUUACAGGGGGGGGGGAUGCAAAACACCUGAAUAAAUACAUUGAUUAGAAAAAAAAGAAGAAAAAAAAGAAUACAUAUAUUAUUAUUUUUUGGAGCACCGAAGACCCAUUUUGACCCAGGAAAAACCCUGAUAAUGAAUCCUGGACUUAAUAUUGAUAAAUAGCGUGAGCUAUGUCAAAAAUGUAAUGAUUAAAUAAUUUACAUUAAUUUCACAUUUAUUUCCUGCAUGGUUUAUGGAUACAAAUUAAAUUAAAGCUGUGUCUGCACUUAAAAAUCUUUGAUUACAAGGCCAAUAAAAACUACAAAUCCAAAACAACAAAACCAGUGUAACUGUCCAAAUACAAAUACUGUCCAAAUACAAGUGCACUGUAUGCUACUGAAUAACAGCAUUAUUAUAUUGAUGUGUAAAGGGACAAAUGUGCAUUAUUUAAUAUCUGGCUUGUCCUUGUCAAAUUGACAUAACUAAGUCAAGAGAUGUUUGUAGAACAGAAAAAUCUUGGUGUACUGUAGGCACCCUACUGUAAUAGAAACCUUAAUGAAUGUGUCAACGGACUUUUGCAAUGCAUUAGUGAACAAGCCUUGAUAGGUUGAAAACAUUUGUGUACUUCUCA